AUAUUGGAAUGAGUCGGAGCGCGGAGCGCCGCCGCCGCCGCCUCCGCCGGAGCGCGGGUGGAGGGGGGCGGGGAGAGCUGCCGGCCGCCCCGCUCCGCAGAACCCAGCAGGAAGGCGGGCGCGAGCGGCGAGCGCGGGCGGCGGGAGCGGAAAAAGCGCCCGCGCGGGGGAACGAAAAGAAGGAAAGAAAGAAAGAAAACGAGCGCGAGAGGGAGCAAAGCGAGCGAUUGAGCGAGAGCGCGCGCGAAAACUCCCGGCAGCACUUUCAUUUGGACCCUUGGAUGCCCAUUAAAUAGAUGCUUGAGACCUGCAAGUAACCUUCAUAUCAUAGCAGAACCAUAAGGCUUGUCCUUUGUGUGGGGAGGAGAUAAUCCAUGUGCUGUGGAAAUGAACGGGGAGCAGCACCUUGAUGCAGAUGCUGGAUCUGGUGUGGAAGAAGUGGAAUUAAGCUGGGAAGAUUAUCUAGAAGAGACAGGGUCCAUAGCAGUUCCCUAUGGGUCUUUUAAACAUGUGGACACACGUUUACAAAAUGGAUUUGCUCCUGGGAUGAAACUGGAGGUGGUUGUGAAAACAGAUCCUGAAACCUACUGGGUUGCCACCAUCAUUACCACCUGUGAGCAGUUGCUCCUUCUCCGCUACGACGGCUAUGGGGAGGACCGGAGAGCGGACUUCUGGUGUGACAUCAGGAAGGCUGACCUCUACCCUAUUGGGUGGUGUGAGCAGAAUAAGAAAACCCUCGAAGCCCCAGAAGGCAUCAGAGAUAAAAGGUCUAAUUGGGCUGAGUUUCUGCAGCAGACCCUGAUGGGAGCUUGUAGUCCUCCUAUUCCGCUGCUAGAGGGCCUUCGUAAUGGGAGGAAUCCUUUAGAUCUCAUUGCUCCGGGAUCCAGGCUAGAAUGUCAAGCUUUCCAGGACUCUUUAAGCACUUGGAUUGUUACUGUAGAAGAGAACAUCGGGGGAAGGCUGAAGCUGCGUUAUGAAGGACUUGAAAGUUCUGACAGUUUUGACCAUUGGUUGUAUUACUUGGAUCCAUUUCUUCAUCAUGUUGGUUGGGCUGCUCAACAGGGAUAUGAGCUUCAGCCCCCAUUAGUGAUCAGACAUCUGAAACAUGAAGCUGAGUGGCAAGAGAUCUUGGCCAAAGUGAAAGAGGAGGAGGAAGAGCCAUUACCAUCUUACUUAUUUAAGGACAAACAGGUGAUCAGCACUCAUUCAUUCUCUGUAAAUAUGAAAUUGGAAGCUGUGGACCCCUGGUCUCCUUUUGGGAUUUCUCCAGCUACAGUUGUUAAGGUCUUCGAUGAGAAGUACUUUCUAGUGGAAAUGGAUGAUUUGCGACCAGAGAAUCAUGCACGACGAUCUUUUGUGUGUCAUGUCGACAGUCCUGGUAUUUUCCCCGUGCAGUGGAGUCUGAAGAAUGGUUUACACAUCAGCCCCCCUCCUGGCUACCCGGGCCAGGACUUUGAUUGGGCCGACUACCUCAAACAGUGUGGUGCUGAAGCUGCUCCCCAGAGGUGCUUCCGCCCGUCAGUUUUUGAGCAUGAAUUUAAGGAGCACAUGAAGCUUGAGGCAGUGAACCCUCUUCUCCCUGAAGAAGUGUGUGUUGCCACCAUUACUGCAGUGAGAGGCUCCUACCUGUGGCUCCAGCUGGAGGGUUCUAAGAAGCCCAUACCUGAGUAUAUUGUGAGUGUUGAAUCCAUGGAUAUAUUUCCUUUGGGCUGGUGUGAAACCAAUGGCUAUCCCCUCAGCACUCCUCGCCGAGCACGAGUGUACAAACAGAGGAAAAUUGCAGUGGUUCAACCAGAAAAACAAAUACCAUCUUCAAGGACUGUCCACGAGGGCGUGAAGAAUCAGGAGCUGAACUCCACAGACUCAGUUAUGAUUAAUGGAAAAUAUUGCUGUCCAAAGAUAUACUUCAACCACCGUUGCUUCUCAGGGCCGUAUCUUAACAAAGGAAGAAUUGCUGAGCUGCCUCAGUGUGUAGGACCUGGGAAUUGUGUCCUGGUCCUUAGAGAGGUCCUCACUUUACUUAUCAAUGCAGCCUAUAAACCCAGCCGUGUCCUUCGGGAGCUGCAGCUGGACAAAGACUCUGUGUGGCACGGAUGUGGAGAAGUCCUAAAAGCCAAAUACAAAGGGAAGAGUUACCGGGCUACUGUUGAGAUAGUGAAAACAGCAGAUCGGGUGACUGAAUUCUGCCGGCAAACCUGUAUCAAACUGGAGUGCUGUCCUAAUCUCUUUGGUCCACGGAUGGUUCUGGAUAAGUGUUCUGAAAACUGCUCUGUACUUACAAAGACCAAAUAUACACACUAUUAUGGAAAGAAGAAAAAUAAAAGAAUUGGGAGGCCACCUGGUGGGCAUAGUAACUUAGCAUGUGCCCUGAAAAAAGCCAGUAAGAGGAGAAAGAGGCGGAAAAAUGUUUUUGUUCAUAAGAAGAAACGCUCCUCUGCAUCUGUUGAUAAUACCCCAGCGGGCUCUCCCCAGGGAAGUGGGGGUGAAGAUGAAGAUGACCCAGAUGAAGGAGAUGAUGAUUCCCUAAGUGAGGACAGUACAUCUGAGCAGCAGGACGAGCUGCAGGAAGAGUCAGAAAUGUCAGAAAAAAAGUCUUGCUCCUCCUCACCCACCCAAAGCGAGAUAUCCACAUCGCUGCCUCCAGACAGACAAAGGAGAAAAAGAGAGCUUCACACUUUUUCAUUUUCUGAUGAUGAGAAUAAACCUCCUUCACCAAAGGAAAUAAAGAUUGAAGUUGCUGAAAGGCUUCGCCUGGACAGUAACCCCCUGAAGUGGAGUGUGGCAGAGGUUGUGCGGUUCAUCAGAUCCACCGACUGUGCUCCAUUAGCAAGAAUAUUCCUAGACCAGGAAAUUGAUGGGCAGGCCCUGUUGCUCCUUACCCUUCCCACCGUUCAAGAGUGCAUGGACUUAAAAUUAGGCCCUGCCAUCAAACUUUGUCAUCACAUAGAGAGGAUCAAGUUUGCUUUUUAUGAGCAGUUUGCCAACUGAGAAGGACAACCAAAGUGAGCUGUAUCUUUGAAGCACAAAUGCAGCAAAUCUUUUGCCAUGCUCUACAAAUGGAGCUGAAAUGGUCCUGGGGCUCUGGGCCCUGCAGGUGUCGGCUUGCUCUCUUUGCACUUUCAGGGAAGGAGGACCCAUACUGAGGAAGCAAAAACUGCACAGAAGUGGCUCUCCUGCCAGUGGAAAUGUGGGCAUCUCUUGUUCAGCACAUUGCAGUUUUUAAAAAAUAAAGGUUGUGAAGAAAAGAUUCAUAUAAGAAGAAUAAGCAUUUCCAGUGGUGUGGCCUGAAAACGAAGAAUAAUCUAGGUUGCUGGCAAGCAUCCUUUUGGUUGUUUUCUUUUUGUUCUGUUCCUUCCCAUUGUAGAUUGAACUUUGUUCUCUGCUUUCUCUUUCUUGGAAAGAGAGGACAUAGCUUUAAGUCAGCACUGAUUUGGGACUAUGCCUAAGGCACAUCAGUGCUUCAUUGUCAUUGUGUUUUAAAAAUUUUUUAAAUUAAAACAGUUCAUUUUGGGGAUGAUUAUGUGACUCUAGGGUUUUGAAUGUACAGUCACACUUUGAUCCAUUUUAAAAUCUAUUCUUAGGAGUUCCUUUGUUUACUACCUCUGUUGAUAAUUGAGCUUACAGCCAUGUAUGAGGGUUUUUGUAUGAUGCCAUUUUUAAGCUACAUGAACACUAAAACUAUGACAGAAGUUGGAGGAAAAAAAACACUGUUUGCUUUCUUAAAAACAUUAUGUGAGCACUGACACCAGUUCCUUAACUGACCUGAUCUAAGAACUCUACUGUCAUUGUUUUCCAUCUUGGCCCAGCUUGGGCUCUCUGCUCUAAGUAGUAUCUCAAAGAUUGUUGGUAUUUCAGUUUAAUUGCUCUCUCCCCAUUAGUUUUCAGAGGGACUUCAGUGGUUUUUAUUUUGUGUUUACCUUUCUGUACAGUUGUUUGUCUGUUGCAUUUCUAGAUUCCUCACUUUGGGUAAAAAUCUGUAGGUGUUCCUUGGACCCACAGUAAAGCCCAUUUCCCUUUUUUCUCGGUGUCUCCAGGCAGAUAGUGUAGAAGCACAACAGAGAAAAGUGUUUGAGGAGUGCUGCAGAGCAUGGAGUUUCUGUAACAGUGUGUCCUCAGUGGCGAAUGAAGAUUGAGAGGUAGUUAAAGAUUCUGGAAACCUCUUUGCCUAGUCACGUUUACACUUUUCUUUGGUUAAACCUUUAAAUUGAGUGUAAUCUACAGUCUGAGGAUUCCUACCAAUAACU